AUGCAUUCUUCAUUACCUUCCAUCGAACGUGUGGCUAUUGACACUUCUGGAGGUCUCGGCUCACUUUAUAAUCAAUAUUCUGAUUCUAUAGUUCCAACAUCGAGUAGGAAUAGUCUAGGAGACACUAUACAAAUAGAAGACCCAGUCAAAUGUGAUCUUAUAGAUGGUCGUAGGAAAAAGAGUCAAAAUCUUCUUGCAUUGAUAGGAAUGCGAGAAAAUGCACGUCUAAAUACCUUAUUGAACUUUGUUCCACGAAAUAGAUUGGCCUCAAUAAUCAACCACCCAUAUCCAAUGAACGAAUACACUCGUCUCAUUUAUUAUUCUUAUACAAAUAGAAAAACGCUUCCGAAAGAUGCAGCAGCAUUUCGAAAACUGAGUCAACCAAAGGAUCGUCACACCGAUGCUACUCACAUUAUUACUAGUUUUAGUUCGGGAAUCAGUGUUACUCUUAUUAUACAAUUAGUACCUAAUGAUCAGAUAGUCGCACAAGUGGAUGCAGUGCUUAAAAAAUGUGUACGUAUUUUGAAGGGAAUUCACAAGGCAGCACCUAUAACUUCAAAUGAUGAAAACUUAAUGCAACAAAACACUAGCAUCAUUGCCUAUUCGAAUAUAUCUGAUCUGACCGGUGUGACUUCGUUGGGUGAUGUUUGUCAAUUUAUCAAUAGACGCCAUGAAAACGCUGAAAUAUUUCAACCGUUGAUGUAUUAUCUGAAUCCAAUUCAGUCAUUAGAUCCUGAAUAUGCACACACCAAUUUCCCGUCUAUCCCAAUUGAGUCAAGUUGUCAUAGAAAAAUUGAAGAAUAUUUAUUAAAAUACCUAGACAUACUUAAACGUUGGAAACAAUCAUUGGAUUCAAAAGAGACACGAAUCUUGAGUGUGGGCUUGGAAGAACCAUUCUAUGAACUACAGCGACGAUGGUUGAAUUUAAAGAAUUUAUAUGAACAUGAUGUCCAACUAUUAAAAGUUUUAGUUAAUGAUAUUCGUAGUGGCCGCUCAGACACUUCUAGAGUUGACGAAAUAAUUUCUAAAAAAAAAAUGCAAACUAUUUAUAACAAUAAAGUCAAAAGCAUAGUCGAAGAUUUGCGUGAUCUAGAACACAAAGAACAAUGGAUCGCUGAUUUAAUAAAACAAAAAUUUCAAUAUUACGAUGUCGGCAAAUUCGGCAUACUUCAAACAGAUUCUGAGCUUACUAUCAAAGAAAAACUAAAUUUAAAUGAUCCAUCCAAUCGAAUUCUCUGUGCUAGCGACUGUCUAAGAAAAAAUAAUGCAAAAAAAUUCAAUCGACUCCAUCAUGAUCUAGUCGAACAAGAUAGAAAAAAUCCAGCAUCGCAUCUUAUAUAUGCUGAUUUUUCCUACUGCUCUUUUCCACUCAAGGAUAUCACGAUACUAUCAUCACAGGACCACUCUGAAGGCCAGAAAAGAUCCAAGAAGCGAGGGAAUUCAUCAUCGACUUCUGAUACCAUCAAUAUUCUUCUACUUGGAGAAACAGGUGUUGGUAAAUCGACAUUCAUCAAUGCUCUUGCCAAUUAUCUUAUAUUCGAGACGCUCGACGAAGCCGAAACAAGUCAACCGGUUGUUCUCAUGCCUGUUUCAUUUAUGAUCACCACCGGUGAUCAUUUCGAAGAACAUAUUGUAAAAUUUGGUGAUUCAGAUGAUUCAAGUAACGAAGAUUUUUCUCAUCCGGGACAAUCAGUAACUCAACGGUGCAAAUCCUAUGUUUUCCAUCUCAAUGAUACUGACCAAACAAAGUUACGCAUUAUUGAUACACCUGGUUUUGGUGAUACGCGAGGCAUUGAACAAGAUCAUAAGAAUAUGCAACAUAUUUUAGAAUACAUCAAUAAUCUUACUCAUUUGAAUGGUAUAUGUUUUCUUCUGAAACCAAAUUCAGCAAGAUUGCAUAUCUCCUUUCAAUCAUAUCUUACUCAAUUAUUCUCUCUGUUUGAUACAAAUGCGCUCAACAACAUAAUCUUCUGUUUCACCAGUGCUCGGUCGACAUUUUACACUCCUGGUGAUACUGCGCCAUUAAUUAAAACAGUGCUUACUACUCUAUCGAUCGGUAAUGUUCCCUUCUCAAAGAAGAAUGUCUUCUGUUUCGAUAGUGAAUCAUUUCGUUAUUUGAUUGCUCGACAAAAUAAGAUUCGGUUCGAUAAUAAUGAAAAAGAAGAAUAUGAAAGAAGUUGGAAAACUUCAGUAUCGGAAUCGAAACGUCUCAUUGAAUAUAUUCGUAAAGACAUUACUGUUUAUCCUAUAGAUAAUAACCUACAAUCGAUGAAACGUGCUCAAUUUACAAUUCUUGGUAUGGUUCGUCCAAUAUUAGAAACAAUGCGGAACUCUCUGCGCAAUCUUAUUCUUUGUUCGAAAGAGUCAGUAAAUACUAGAUUAGAGUUAGAUCCAAAAGUUAUCUCUUAUCCAUCUACUAGUUGCAUGCUAUGCGUUCCUUAUGCAUGCCUAGUGGGGCGGUUUUGGGUUGCAAAAACUAUUCCACAUAAAAUUGAAAAUAAUCGUUGCAUAUGUGAAUGUUCUCCUGAUCAACACAGUCCAAUCCAUUACAUGCUUAAUCAUAAACUUGUGAAGAAUUCGCCAAAACAGGAUCGAGACGCAAUAAGUCAUCUACUUGUUCGACUUUGUCGUGCCUGUGCGCAGUUUUCUCAUUUUCUUAAGCAUUCAACUGAUCUUUCGAAUCAUGAUCCAUUUUUCGUUGGCUUGAUACAACUGAUAAGCGAAGAAACUCAUUUCUGCAAUAGUUACGAACCAAACGAUUUGAACACGAAAUUGGUUGCGGAUUUGAGAACGCAGCAAAAAGAAUAUGAUCAACAUUCGAAUGAAAUGGAGCGUAAGGGAACACACAAGUCACUGGCAGAUAUCUAUGACUUGAUUAAUACAGUUCGUAAGUAUCCAAUGAUGCAUGAACAAUUGGUUGCUAUCAAUGAAGGACAAAGAAAAAUGAUGAAGUUGUAUGAAUGUGAAGUCUCGAGAACAUCAAGGAAAUAUGUUGAUAUUUCUGACGGUUCGUCGUAA